UCACGUGGCUUAGGGUGGACCAAUCAGGUGUACCCCCAGGUUUAACUACGUUAAAUGUCAGAUUGCAAUAAACUAGAAGCUGUUGGUCGGGCCCGCGGAAAUGGGCGAGCAUAAUCUUCUUAAUCCCGGGUUUGUGGGACCUUUGGUAAACAUCCACACUGGAGACACUUUUUACUUUCCGAAUUUCAGAGCCUCGGGGGGACAACUGGCGGGGCUACCGUCUCUCCCCUACCCGAGAAGGGACAAUGUUUGCUCCCUCCCGUGGACCCCAUCGGAGCCGUGCAAUGGAUACUCUCAAUCCUACUUUAGCAGCCCGGUGUCUAUUAACCCGUCUUUCAACCGGUCGUGUGAAAUUAGUCGGCCGGAGGAGGGUAAAUGUUAUUACAGCAAUGGCAGCGGGAGCAGCAGAGAUAGUUGUUUAGGUGGUGGCGGGAGCAGCCUAAAACGAGAGGACAGGACGAGGGACACAUCCUCAUCCAUUGCAUCUGAUCACGGGAUGCAUACUGGCAUGGGCAGUAACAACAGUGGUGCCUUUUCCAAGUAUGAUUAUGGGACUGAGCAACUCACACAAGAUCCGCCGUCCUGCCAAUCUCUGGAAUCCGAUUCCAGCUCAUCGCUUCUGAACGAGGGCAGCAAGCCUUCCUCCAGCGACCCUCAGACCCUGGUGUCACCGGGACACCACCCGGUCCACUCCACAAACAUAGCUGCAGGCGGAGGUGCCCCGUGGUAUCCGAUGCACACUCGGACCCGAAAGAAGCGCAAACCCUACUCAAAGCUGCAACUCGCGGAACUGGAGGGCGAGUUCAUGCUAAAUGAGUUCAUCACCAGACAGCGGAGGAGGGAGCUCUCGGACCGCCUCAACCUCAGCGACCAACAGGUUAAAAUCUGGUUCCAGAACCGGCGUAUGAAGAAGAAGAGACUGAUGAUGAGGGAGCAAGCUAUGUCAUUCUUUUGAAUACAGCAGAGAUACAGAACCAUGUGGAGAAUCGGUUGAGGAGGCAGUGUUUAUUCUGUCGGCAAUUACCCACAAAUAAAUGCAUGCACCUAUCCCUCUCCACCACAUUACAACAAGAGGUACAGAAUGUUAAGGAAGAUCUUUCGGGUGUAUAGGCCAACGAAAACGACCACGUGAUACUGUGGCCAUGACAUAUAACCUCUACAGAGUUAAGCAGGAUAGUAGCCUCUUGACUGCAUUGUUUUUUGUAAAACCUAUGAAUGUGACAUGAUAUUCUCGCAUCCCAAAGAGGCCUUCAUUGGCAUAAGGAUGGAAUUACUGCAUGCAUGGCGGCCAACACGUUAGUAGCUUCCAGGUCCUUGAAAACAAGUAAUGUAUUUCGUUAAAUUACUUAAAAUUAACAAUAAGCAUUAUCAUGAAAAUAGUAAGUGAUGACUCAUUUAAGAACUAUUAACUGAAAUUAAAUCAGAAAUAAUAAAUAAAUUGAGCUCAAGUGAGAGAUGAAAUAGUUUUAAGGCCGAUUUUUGUAUGUAACGGUAUCCCCUUCACGCACAUUUAUUGUCACUGGCAAUUUAGAUUGGUUUACAUGAACGAUGUUUCCGGUAGUGUAAUUUCUCCCCAAAGAUCCCUUGUGGGAAGCGGAACACAAUGCCCUUAUCUGUACUCUGUAGUCCCGCCACGUGUUCGGGCACGUUCACGGUCACGGGCACAGUGUCUGACUCCAAGCCGCAGAUCAGAGGAUCUUAGGGAUAACUUAACCUCAAUAUCAAUGCCAACGUUUUUAUGGAUGUAAUCCAUUGAAAUAUUAUUCGCCGUUAAUACAUUCAUGUACGGACAACUUCAUCAAAAAUGUUUUCAUAUUUUUAUCACCUCUCCUCAUUUCCCCUCUCUGAGCCAACGCCUCUAAAUAACUUUGAAGCUAGAUCGGAACAGUGGUGGUUGCUAUUAAAACACAGUUUUGUGAUGGCUGCUGUCUAACAAAGGUGUCAUAGUUUUCAUAUAUUUGUGCUGACAAUUAUUAUUCAGUGAUUAUUCCACAGCAAAUGUAUUGUUCUUAUUGCAAUAAGAAGCGGAGAUACAUGUGUUCUUCAUAAAUUAUCAUCCCAUGGAUAGAUUACCAGGUUACGGCUGGAAAAGUAUGUAUUAGAAAUCAUUUCAACAUACGAGAUACAAAAUCAAACCCCGGUGUGCACCGAAAACAUCUGGGCAGCACACUGUAAUAUAUUGAAUGUAUAUUGACUGAACCCUGUCAAUGAAAGAUACUUGCAGCAUGUUUGUGAUUAUGUGAAGUAUAAAAAAGGUUCAUAUAGAUAAUGAUUUCUCUGUCCUUUUUGAUUUUAAAGAAUCAACGACUGGUUUAAAGAAAUGUUACAUUUUAAGACAAGUAAAUAUGAACUUAAAAUGUAUUUUUAAAGUAUGUAUGCAUUGAAUAAUUAUUGUUGGUAUUAUAUCAUUGGUCGGAGGUGCUGACUAUAAUUUGUAGGCUACUGUUUGCUAUUCACUAUGUUCCUCUAUAUGAUGUCUCUCCUUACCUUAUAACGUGUAUCAAAUUGUAAAAGUAUGGACAUUUUAUGAUAUUCUGUUAUUUACAUCCUAUCUUCAAUGUAGUAAUGUUUUAUGUUAAUGGUCCGUUAUUUCGUCCUGUAUAGUACAAACUCGCAUUCCAUUUUUUUUGCGGUUGUAAGGGGCUGUAUGAAAUGACGAUUUCACAUUGCCAUUAUGGCUACGUGAAAUGUUAUAUGUUACUAUUAACAUGAUGUUUCAGGAUAUCCUGCCCAUGUGAUAUAGUGUCUUAUGUUACUGUUCCUUUAUUUCGUCGAUGUACAAUAUUGAAUUAUCCUUAUUGCGCUUGUAAGGGGUUGCUUAAACGUUGUCUUGUAUAAAAGUAAUAAUGACUUGAAUGUAUCUAUGUAUGAGUA